CUCCCUUUCCAUUUCACAAUUCCGUGCGCGUGUGCUGUGCUCCUUUUUCCGAACGUAUUGAGAAUUCACCCGUUUUUCUUUGCCUUUGGAAGAUCUUACAGACAUCUUCCCGGCUGAUCACUCUCCUUUGAGAUGGUUGAUGUCUAGCUUCUGUUUUGUUAUUUGUGUGUGCUUUUUUUCUCCUUAACUUGAGAAGAGCCUGGUCUUGUGCGCACGGAAUCAAUCACUUGGUCUGGGAUCUAAAGCAAUAAACCCCAUAGGGAAAUAAAGAAGUCGUCUGUGGAUGCUCGCCGCUUUCUUUUUUGCACUUUGGGAAAGAUUUUUCCGCUGUUAAUUUAGGCGAACCUUUUGUUUGCAGAGGAGAGGAUUAUUUAGUUUUAAUUUUGGUGUUAAGGAGAAGACCCACAAGGCUUUUCUGAUGUUCUCUAUCCAGGAAAGUCUCCCGCGGGGAGCGUUGACCAUGAAAGAGGAGCCGUUGACCAGCGGAAUGACACCGGUCAGAUCGUGGAUGCAAAGUGCAGGGAUCUUGGAUGCAAAUACUGCAGCACAAAGCGGUGUUGGUCUUGCCCGGGCUCAUUAUGAGAAGCAGCCUCCUUCAAAUCUACGGAAAUCCAAUUUCUUCCACUUUGUCCUGGCGCUUUAUGACAGGCAGGGGCAGCCUGUAGAAAUUGAAAGAACCUCCUAUGUGGACUUUGUGGAAAAAGACAAAGAAUACAAUGGGGAAAAGACCAAUAAUGGGAUACACUACAGGUUACAGCUUCUCUACAGUAAUGGUAUCAGAACAGAACAAGAUUUAUUUGUACGCUUGAUAGACUCCAUGACUAAGCAGCCCAUUAUAUAUGAGGGCCAGGACAAAAACCCGGAGAUGUGCCGUGUUUUACUAACACAUGAAAUUAUGUGCAGUCGAUGUUGUGACAAAAAGAGCUGCGGGAACAGAAAUGAAACUCCCUCUGAUCCGGUUAUUAUCGACAGAUUCUUUCUCAAAUUCUUCCUCAAGUGCAAUCAAAACUGUUUGAAAAAUGCAGGGAAUCCAAGAGACAUGAGACGGUUUCAGGUAGUUGUCUCUACAACAGUCAAUGUUGAUGGCCAUGUUUUGGCAGUUUCUGAUAAUAUGUUUGUUCACAAUAACUCCAAACAUGGUAGAAGAGCAAGGCGUCUGGACCCUUCUGAAGCAGCUACCCCCUGCAUCAAAGCCAUCAGUCCGAGCGAGGGAUGGACUACUGGAGGAGCCACUGUGAUUGUCAUCGGAGACAACUUUUUCGAUGGCUUGCAAGUUGUCUUUGGUACCAUGCUUGUCUGGAGUGAGCUCAUCACUCCCCAUGCAAUUCGGGUACAGACACCCCCACGUCACAUUCCCGGAGUGGUAGAAGUCACGCUGUCAUAUAAAUCUAAACAGUUCUGUAAAGGAGCACCAGGACGCUUUGUCUACACUGCCCUGAAUGAGCCCACCAUUGAUUAUGGAUUUCAACGAUUACAGAAAGUUAUUCCCAGACAUCCAGGUGACCCAGAGAGACUUCCUAAGGAAGUCUUGCUGAAGAGAGCCGCUGACCUGGUUGAAGCUCUGUAUGGCAUGCCACAUAAUAAUCAGGAGAUAAUCCUGAAGCGAGCAGCUGAUUUGACAGAAGCCUUGUACAGCGUCCCACGCAAUCACAACCAGCUUCCAUCCCUCACUGGUUCUGCUACCCACUCAGGAAUGAUGGGCGUUAACUCUUUCAGCAGUCAGCUUGCCGUCAACAUCUCAGAGACCUCCCAGGGCAAUGAUCAAGGCUACUCCCGCAACUCAAACAGCGUCUCCCCACGGGGUUAUGCGCCCAGUUCCACCCCACAGCAGUCCAACUACAACACCAUCACUUCAACGAUGAAUGGCUAUGGAAGCACCGGCAUGACCAACCUGGGUGUCCCUGGUUCACCGAGCUUCCUGAAUGGAUCCACUGCCAAUUCACCUUACGCAAUCAUGCCUUCCAGCCCUCCGUUGGGGGCUUCUUCCAUAACUCUUCCAUCCAGCGUUAACACCUCCUCUUCUUCCUCCUCCACCCCUGCUGGCAUUUUCUCAUUCUCUCCUGUCAAUAUGAUCUCUGCAGUCAAACAGAAGAGCGCCUUCGCCCCCGUCGUGCGGCCGCAGACCUCCCCUCCCCCCACCUGCACCAGCACCAACGGGAACAGCCUACAGGGUGAGCACCCCGCCCCUCACCUGCCUCACAACUCCGCCCAUCACUACUGGGUUUUAAUAGAUGAGAGCAGAUAAGACACACGAGCUAUGGCUGGUCUCAUAGUCCCACCUAUGUAAAUACUCACAGAAGACUUAUCAAGAGAAGAAUGGACUUCAUUUCUACAACCCUCAUGAGUGAUUAUCAAGAACAAGUUUUGAAAACAGCAGAUGGACUUAUGUUAUGAAAGGUCCUAUGCAAAUUUUAAACAGAGAAAAAAAAAUCUGUAAUUUUAUAUUUUAAAUGCCUUUUGCAUUACAAACCAGAAACGAGGAAUCACACAAGACAAUUGAAGCUCGUUUGUGAUGGCUGAUCCUAAAGACUGGUUCCUAAUGGCACCCCCUCACCCCACCUCACAUGCUUUUCAUUAUUCUAUAUCACUUUAUAAAAAGAAGCACACGCACAUAUUUCACACACACGCACCCCACUGCAGGGCCGCAAAACAGCUUCUGCUUAUAUGGACACUUGAAUAUUUGGAGAAAGAAAGCUUUUGUUGCAAGCCAAACUGCUUGAGUGGACUACAUUUUUGAAACAGGCUUCUGUUAUUAUUCUUUAUUUUGGCAGAUGCCUUUACCCAAGGCAUUUUGCAUGUGAAAAGUGAUUUUUUUUUUUAAUUUAUUUUUUAUAUAUACUAUUUUUUACUUUUUUUGUAAAAAAUAACAAGUAUAAUCAAUAGUUAUUGAAUAUAUCAGAGGCAUAAAGGUAUAAGAGCUGUGGAGUUGUCGAAUAUGAAGUGGAUAAGUAGAAAGGGGAGCUGAAAUUAUGCCCAAACCUGAUUUUUUUUUUUUUAACAAGCCUCAUCUGAAUGUGAAGUGAACUGGAUCUAAAAUGUACUGUAAGUUUUUAUAUUUCUUUUUGUUUAAUAAGUCAAACCAGUUUGGCUCCACUUCACAAUUAUAAUUUGUCUACUUAUGAUCAAACACAAUCACACACCACUUUAAAAAUGGUAAUUUGUUACUGUGUUUCUUACAAAGAAUUAUAAUACUCUUUCCUGUUUUGGACUUAUUGCGGCCAUUCAAUAAUACAUCGAUAUAUGUGUUUUCAGUUUCAAUAAUGGCAUGGAAUAGGGGGUGCAAGUAAAUAAAUACAGAAAAUUAGUAUUGCUGUUAGUCCUUAUGGAUCAGUAAUAAUUAUCUGUAAAAUACUUCCAAAAGGGGAGUGUGCAGCCUUUGUAUACUUUGGACCAAUAGGUAGAACAAUAUAAUAAUGGAAGUAAUUUGUGGGAAACAUUUCCAGGUUUAAUGCGCCUGUAAAAUAAAACCAGGAAUGCUUGUGCCGCUUUCGAUCAAAUUUAGGUACUGAUUUUCUUGUUAGACUUCUUAAUGUGCUUUUUUGUAUGUAUUUAUAAAUAUGUUUUGUUUUUCUUUGGUGAAUUUAAGCCUGGAUAAUAGCAUAAAACAAAGGAACAUAUGUAAACACAUUUGAUGUCCUGGUACCUUUUCGAUAUUGUUAACAAAAAUCUGAAAACUUUUGUAUAAAAAAAAGAAAGAAAAAUGAAGACUUCACCAUGACAUCAUCCUGAUUUUUAAACUCAACUGCUCCAUCCAAUUUUGUAUAAACAUGCUUUCUGAUAAUGUAUUUAACAUUUUUUAAUACAGCAGCUGUGUUUUCCUCUCCUUUCCAGGUACUGUCUAUGUGUGUCAUUGUGAAAAGUUAUAUAAUCACGAUAGUUAGUACCUUAUGCACUAUUUUAGUUGGAGCGCCUACAAAAGCAAUGCAUCUUAGGAGAAGAAAAACAUUAGAGCACAUAAAGCAUAAAGACUUUGUACAUGAAUUGUUUGAAAAUACUUUCUCUGUGUACAUGAACUGUUUGUCACCCACCUUUUAAAGGGAUACUCAGUUUUGCUCAAGGUGUCUCAAAAAUGUGAAAUCAGCGCUAUGUAGGGAUGACCCAUAAAUUAGAGUUCUGAAUUAGAACUGACUUGAAGACUGUCAUAUCCCCCCCUCAACUGCAGAGAUAUGGGGCGAGUCGAUAAUAAAAGAGAGAGAUUUAGACAGUACAAAACUGAUGGGCAGCUAUGGAUGUGACUUUCCUUGCCUUUUUUUUUUUAAAAUGGAAUGUUCCUAGAGUUCCACUACACUGGAAUGUUUGCUUAUUUCGUUCAGUAAAAAUCAAAGCUUAGCAACUGUAAGUCAUGCACUUCUUAAGUUCAGUGGUCACCUCUUGGUCAAUUAACAUACAGAGGAGUGAGACCCAAACACACUAGUCAUCUAUUCCUCGGUAUUCAUUACUAUCCCUGGUUGGCUCACACCAACGUUUGAAAAGUUAUUGUCAAGCUCAUGUAGCCUUCCCUCCCCACAUUCCAUUAGAAGUGGUCCAGAAUGAUCAUUGUAACUAUAGCACAAUUAAUUUUUACCCUACAUCCCAAAUGUAUGUGUAACUGGCAACCAUUAAUUGAGUUUGAGUCUGUCCUUCAGUGGACUGGCACCCCGUUCUGAUGCAAUGCAUCACAUGUUCUGAACUAGAUUUGACAAAGAAGGCUAAAUGGAUGGAUUCCAUGAAUCUUAAACCAAUAUAUAUUCCAUCCAUCUUUUCAUCAGUCAUUAAAUCCACUUAAUCUGGUUUAGGAUCCUGGGGUUGCAAGGCUGAUCUUGGCAGCAUUAGGUGUAAGACAGGAGCCAAUCAUGAAGAGAGAGCUAGUCCAACACACGCUACACUCGCACAUAACAGCAUCAUUUAGAAACACCAGCCAACCUUGAAUGUCGGAGGAAAAUAUUUCAGAAAUAUGAAUUUCUGAAAUAAAAAUGGGAGACCUAAUUAUUUGUAUGGCUCAACAUAAGGUACUCAAUGAGCUACUCAGAAACUUUAUUGAUUUGAGCGUCCCUUUAAUUAUGUGGUUUUUUGAUCCUAUGUUGUUGUUGUUGUUGCACUUGAUUCUUUGUCUUUUACUUAUGCAAUUUUAUUACUGUAAAGCAAAUCAGUGUCUCUCCACAUUAUCGCAGUAGAAUAGAGAAGAUUAAAAUAAUGUACAAAUUGAUGCCUUACAAUAUAAAAUUUGCCCAUAUUUCAUUUCUAUCAUUACACUUGCAUUUGUUUUGUUUUCUACAAUACUGUGAAAAUCAAUUAUCUUGUUUAAAAUUUCUCAAAACAAAGCCGCCUACUUAGGUGUAUAGUCGAUUUUAUUAAAUUGAAGAAAGAAUUUGCUGUAAGGCUUGCUUGGCCACAAAAAAGGCUUGAAUAAUGGAUCUUAGUCAAUACUGAAAGAAGUAAUAAAAAGACUUAUUGAUAAGUAGUUUGUCAGCUUCAGCCAGCUAGGGGCACUAUUAUACAUCUGGCCUUCCACAGCGGGUAGACUUGUCACCAGAGACAAUGGAAUGACAAACAUGUGCUUAAAAGACAAGGUUUCAAAAUAAAUAAUGACAAUGCAAAAUUGUGAGUCGCAAAGCCUCUGUUUUAUAAAUGAUGCUGCGUACUUUUGGGAGAAUGCAAAGUUCUUAGAAAGACAAGUUAACUGAAUGUAAAUUUAUAGUAGAUACGUCAACAGAAAAUUACAUGUAUAACCUGAUUAAAAAUAUUCAGAAUUUA